AACACAUUAUAUAAUUGACAAAUUGGUUAGUGGCUAGAUGUAGACCUUUGCUUACAAAUAUGGAAUGUGAUGAUUGUGAUCAUCAUCCCCGAGUGCAACCUUGAAUUCCUAUCCGUAUCUUCUUGGUAGACAGUACAAACCAAAACAGAUAUGGCCACCCCAGCAAUGCUACCUCCCCAGAACUCAGCUGUUGCUCCAGCUUCUUAUAGUUCUGCAACUGUGAAAGUGCUGUCUGAAUCACCUGAUCUCACCUCGAUCCCUUCUAACUAUGUUCACUCAAGUAGGUAUGAGGAAUCUCCUGAUUCCUCAGAUGCUGAGGAUUCAAGUUUAAUACCUGUCAUAGAUUUCUCUCAGCUCACCUCAAAUCACAGUGAUCAGAGGUCCAAGGCCAUCCAAGUCCUUGGCAAAGCUUGUGAAGAGUGGGGUUUCUUCAUGGUGGUGAAUCAUGGUAUCCCAGAUAGCUUGAUGAAGGCAGUGAUUAAUGUCUGUAAUGAAUUCUUCAACAUGCCCGAGGAGGAUAAGAAGCGGUUUGAAGGUAAAGAUGUAUUAGACCCCAUCAGGUGUGGCACCAGCUUCAAUUCCUCAAAAGAGAAAGCUUUUUUCUGGAGAGAUUUCUUGAAGGUCGUCGUGCAUCCUGAAUUUCACUGUCCCUCUGAUCCCCAGGCUUUCAGUGAACUUAUGUUGGAAUAUUCUGAAAAUUGCCGGAAAGUGGUUAAGAAAUUACUGGGAGCAAUAUCAGAAAGUCUAGAGCUGGAUGAGUGUGUCAUCAAUGAAGCCUUGGGGUUGGACUCGAUGUUUCAAACUUUCAAUGUAAAUUACUACCCACGCUGCCCUCAGCCUGAGUUAGCAAUAGGCAUGCCACCACACUCAGAUCAUGGCCUUCUGACCGUUCUCAUACAUAAUGAAGUCGGAGGACUGCAGAUAAUGCAUAAAGGAAAAUGGAUCAACGACAACAGGAGUGCCCUUCCCAACUCCCUUCUGGUCAACAUUGGCGACCAGCUCGAGAUAUUUAGCAAUGGGAAAUACAAGAGUGUGUUGCACAGAGCUAUGGUAAAUAACGAAACGACAAGAAUAUCGGUAGCCAUAGCCCAUGGUCCAUCACUGGAGGCAAUUGUGAGGCCGGCUUCUCCACUGGUGCAAAGAACAGGUUGCUGGCCAGCGUAUAGUCCAAUGGCAUACAAGGACUACUUCUAUUUAAAGCAGAGUAAUCAACUUGAUGGGAAAUCGUGCUUGGAUCAUGUAAGAAUCCAGAAGAGCUGACCUUCAUUUUAGCCACUCUAUCCCUUUGCCCCUUGUUUUAGGAUUGAUACAUGUGACAUGUACCGUGUGUGUCAGUAAUGUGCCCAUUUCCAUGUGGCUCACAAUAAUUGUUUCCCUCUAUAUUAUGAGAUAUGUUUAGCUGAUCCAUUAUACCUUGCAAGGCUAUGCAUACAGUCAUACUGCCCUUAAGUUUUAUCUGAAUUGCUAUAUUGUUAUCA